GUGUACACGGCAUUGAAGUCAAUAGUAAAGUGGCACGAAAGCGACGUCGUCCGGUUAUGAAAAGUCGUGAUUCCAAUAUUCCAAAGUAGUGUUAUUGUGUUUAACUCGCGAUUCAUUUUUCUUCAAAACUUUUCAGUUUGGACCUGCUCCUCUCGCUGAAGUGACGGGAUCUCCUUGUGGGUGUCACUCAGGUCUGCCGCUUCCUGUAUUGACGGACCACCACCAGUCACAGACGAAAGCUCUGCCACCUGGCCACAGAGCCUUCCCCCCCCAGCCCGGUUGUAACUUUGCGGAGGGACGCCAGACGACCACCUACAGCCGCCCCCCGGUGCUACCGUCGGUUAUACGGGGGGGAAAACGUGGCGGGCCGCUGAGUCUCGCGGAUUCCCUUUUCCGGUAGCACUAGCUUGGUGGCUAAUGGCUAGCAGCAGGUAGAUAACCCCGAUAAGAAGCCUCCAAAAAAGAGCAAUGCGCUCACCUCGAAUAGUAUAAUCAUAUUGAAAGGACAUUUUCAUUAAAAACGCCUCGAUAUGUCACGUUUUAGCCAAACAUUGGAGUGACACGGCUUGUGAAAGUGUCAUCUGUUCGCUGACGUUAGCCAGCUAAUUCGUUAGCCACCUCGACGUGAUCCUGUUGCUCGCUAGCGAACGAGGGAAGGGCCACUUUGCCACAACUGCUCGGCCCAGUGCAGUUUAGUUCGGUUUUUUUGGGACAAUAUUUGAGUUUUAAGACAGUUUCCCCGCCACAUCUGAGAUGGCCCCCAAAAGAAGACCGGUUCCGUUGAAUAUAACGCCCAUUGGAGAAGGGCAGCCCACCUCAAACACCACUGAUGCUGCAUCUGAAGCAAACCUCGAGGCCUUACAAAAGAAGCUGGGAGAGCUGGACCUGGAUGAGCAACAAAAGAUGCGACUGGAAGCCUUUCUCACUCAGAAAGCGCAGGUCGGAGAGCUCAAGGAUGAGGACUUUGACCCAAUCUGCGAACUGGGAGCCGGGAACGGAGGGGUGGUCAACAAGGUCCGCCACAAGCCUUCGGGUCUGGUGAUGGCUCGCAAGUUGAUCCACUUGGAAAUCAAGCCGGCCAUCAGGAACCAGAUCAUCAGAGAGCUUCAGGUCCUGCACAAGUGCAACUCGCCGUAUAUCGUGGGCUUCUACGGCGCCUUCUACAGCGACGGCGAGAUCAGCAUCUGUAUGGAGCACAUGGAUGGUGGAUCAUUGGACCAGGUUCUGAAGGAAGCCAGAAGAAUUCCAGAAGAAGUCUUGGGCAAAGUUAGCAUCGCUGUGUUGAGAGGUUUAGCCUACCUGCGGGAGAAACAUCAGAUCAUGCACAGAGAUGUGAAGCCCUCCAAUAUUCUGGUCAACUCUCGCGGGGAGAUCAAGCUGUGCGACUUCGGAGUGAGCGGCCAGCUCAUAGAUUCCAUGGCCAACUCCUUUGUCGGAACGCGUUCCUACAUGUCGCCGGAGAGACUGCAGGGCACCCACUACUCGGUUCAGUCGGAUGUAUGGAGCAUGGGUCUGUCCCUUGUGGAGCUGGCCAUCGGCCGCUACCCCAUCCCCCCACCAGAAGCCAAGGAAUUGGAGGCCAUCUUUGGGCGGCCCGUGCUGGACGGGAGCGAGGGAGAGCCUCACGGCAACGUGCAGAGGCCCAGACCACCAGGGAGGCCUGUGAGCGGACACGGGAUGGACUGCCGACCCGCCAUGGCCAUCUUUGAACUUUUGGACUAUAUUGUGAAUGAGCCUCCUCCUAAACUGCCCCACGGCGUGUUCACUAACGACUUCCAAGACUUUGUCACAAAAUGCUUGAUCAAAAAUCCAGCCGAAAGGGCCGAUCUGAAGAUGCUGAUUAGUCACGUAUUCAUCAAGCGAUCCGAAGUGGAGGAAGUGAACUUUGCCGGCUGGUUGUGCAAAACCAUGAACCUCAACCAGCCCAGCACCCCCACCCGAGGCACUGAGUGAAGCCCGACCGCCCCUCCCACCUCGAGCACUGCCCUCGUCACACCGCGGGGUCUUGCUUGCAUAUCCACUUACAUUCUCUUGUACAAUCUUUCACACACACACAUUGACACUUUUCUCAUGUUGUUUUUGGGCUUAAAAACGGUUCCUCUCAUGUAUUUGUUCACCAGCAGCAGCUGCAGGGCUCUCGAGUUGUCGUACUGUAAGACCACAAGCUUCACCAGGCCAAUGUCACCUUCCACUCGGCUGCAGGGGAGGGGGGGCGGUUAACGCUUUGAUUGACAUUUGUUUUAUUCUAGCUCUUUUCUAUGGCAACGGUUGAUAGCAGCAGAGAAACAGACAGGGCAAACCUAAAGGUAGUCAAAUCGAAAUAGGUUGUGAUCAACAUUUAUUUACGCAGACCUCUUUUUGUCAAACUGAUGACCCCGAAACAAUCUGCCAUAUUGUAAUUACGUUUGUUAUGAAUAGUGUGCGGUAAAGAUAGGCACAGUCAAGUACAUUUUUUUUGCUCCCUUUUUUUUGGGGAGAUGGGGUGGGCUGGGGUUAAACAAUUGAUCGCUCUGAGGAUCACAAACCAAAGAGGAUACUCGCACUUAUCAAUGCCUGAUCAGUACCCCUCCUUUGUGUUGGCACAUUCACGAAGAACGUUGCACCUUGGAUGAAAUUCGGUGCAGUUGCGUUGACAUUGUUUCCUCAUACAUUUCAAUCACACUCUCCGGUAAGAGGCCAGGGAGAGGCCAGGAAUAAUAUACCGCGUCUUUGAAUGACGCUGAGAAAACAAUGAUUCAAAAUGUAUUCAUGGGAUGCUAUAGCAUGGUUUAAUCUUUCUUAUACUGUGCGUGUAUUUUGUUUUAAUGGUGCAGAUGGUCCAGCUGGUGUUUUGAAGAGAACCCUCUGUGCUAUCAAUAUAAAUCAUUUUUGUUCGCUAAUAUUUUGUUUUCGUUGUUGUCGAUCUGUAGUUUUCUCCCUCCCUGAGGUAAACUUGGUUACGCUCCCCAUUGUGGCACGCCAAAAGCAUCCGUCAGACUUGGCUUGUCCUUUCCGGGAAAACCUCGCACACCUUUAAAGCAAAGUUGCGGUAUAAUUGGAUGUUAAGCUUGAGGCAAAGAUUUCAGAAGUACAAAAUAGGGUUCAACUGAGCAUUGUUACCCGGGUCAGUGUUGGUCACAUGCUGGUGGUGUUGCUAGCCUUGCUCGAACUCUUGCAUUUUUUUUUUCUCUCUGCUUUUUUGGCUGCCAGCUCUUAUUCUCCAACCUUUCAAACAAUGCAUUCGUUCAGAGCAAAAAAAGAUGUGUCACAAAAACUACAGGAGUACUAUUUUGCAGUCUUAAUAUACAACCUUUUUUGAUUUAUGUAAAUGACAAAGAAAAUAGUCAUUUAUGAUAAUAUAAAAAUGUGUUGGAUAUGGUUCUAAUGUAUAAAAGGAUAAAAUAAAACUUAUUUGUGAAUGUAAGAUA